GAAACACUUCGCCCCAGGUUGUCACCAUAAGUGAACUGGAAACCGGUUUCGAACCAGAAGCGAUAAGAGAACCGAGCGAUGACUGGUCAGGAAGUGUUCGCUGGCUUGGCGGAGUUCUUCAAUGCCUGGUGGUUUUAUUGAUCGCAAAUCCUCGGCGGAACGUGAUUCCCACGGUGUGUCUGCAGGAGGAGAGGCCAGAGAUCGCUCCGUCCGCAGGUAUGUCGUCUAGGAAGCGAAACCAGGUGAAGAUCAUCCUCCUGGGAAACUCUGGAGUGGGGAAGUCGUCCCUGAUGAACCAGUUCAUCAAUCAGCGCUACACCAACCUGUACAGGGCGACGAUCGGGGCCGACUUUCUCACCCGGGACAUCACGGUGGAUGACCAGCACGUCACCCUGCAGGUGUGGGACACAGCGGGCACGGAGCGGUUCCAGUCCCUGGGCUCCGUCCUCUACAGGAGCACCGACUGCUGCCUCUUGGUGUUCGACGUGACCUCGGCCGAUUCAUUCCGGGCGCUGCAAGGCUGGAGACGGGAGUUCCUGGUGCAGGGCUCCCCCCGGGACCCCGAGACUUUCCCCUUCGUCGUGCUGGGGAACAAAGCCGACCUGGGGAGCAGGGAGGUCAGCAGGAAGCAGGCGGAGGACUGGUGCCGAACCCACAAGGUGGAGUAUUUGGAGACCAGCGCCAAGGAAGCUCUCAACGUGGAGACGGCGUUUCGGGCUGCGACGCGCUUAACGCUGAACCAGUUGAAAGCCGUGGACCACUGCGUGGAAAACCCGGACCUGGUUCAGCUCCAAGCGCAGCCCGGACAGCCCAGCCCCAAUUGGCCCUGUGCCUGUUGAUCCUUCUGACUGGAUAUCAACCUCCGCCGUAACCCCUCUCCUGCUCGCCCACUGCUGUGGUACCCAACAGGAACCGAGCCUCAUAUAUAUAUAAAUAUAAGCAGGAAUUCGAGGUGUUGCUUCUCCAAGAUGAGAGUGACCUCACUGGCAAUAGAACUUUUUACACAGCCCUUUCAAUGCGAGGCACUUUACAUGUUUUUUAAAAAAUAUAUAAUUAUGUAAACUGCAGAUACUUAAAAUAGAAAAAUUGCACAAUAUUGAUUUGAUUAAAUGAUGGGUAUAAUGAAAUAUACAACAA